UCUCUCUCUCUCCUUCACUUUUGCUCUUAACAUUCCUUUCUCUCUCUCUUUUUGCGUCGUCUCUGUAGAUUCACUCUCUCUCUCUCUCGCCGGAGUUAGAUUUUUUUCUCGAGGAUCUUCGUUUUCUUCCGGAUCAAAACACCAGCAGAGAGAGAGAUGAUGGCGACGAGAAACUCCGUAGGCGGAUUGGCGUUAUUCAGUUUUGUAUUCGCGGUGAUAUUGUCUCUCGUCGGGGCACAAUCCCUAGCUCCAGCUCCUGCUCCCACCAGCGAUGGAACAUCGAUAGAUCAAGGGAUAGCGUAUUUGCUAAUGGUGGUGGCGUUAGUGCUGACUUAUCUAAUCCAUCCUCUUGACGCUUCUUCCUACUCCUUCUUCUAAUCUCUCUCUCUCUCUCUCCGUUUCCAAGUUUUUUUUUUGUGUGGAUAAAGUUCCUAAAGAGUAUGAUUUGUGCUUUUUUGUCUCGGUUAUGAUGAUUUCUUUCUGGGGAUUUACUGAUUAUUGUCUCUUCUCUUCUUCCAUAUUAAUUUAUUCUUCUUAUUCAUAACC